AUGGGCGCGUGCAUGAGCUCAAGCAAUGAGGAGGUGGAUCAGAAGAAAAAGAGCCAGGCCAUCGAUAAAGUUCUCGAAGAAGAUUCGAAACGAUUGCGGAAGGAAUGCAAAAUUCUGCUGCUAGGUUCUGGAGAGAGUGGCAAGUCAACGAUUGUCAAACAGAUGAAAAUCAUUCACUUGAAGGGUUACUCAGAAGAUGAGCUAUUCAACUACCGACCGACGGUUUUUAAGAACCUUGUCGAAUGCGCCAAGGCUGUGAUUAUGGCUAUGCAACAAUUCGAUAUUGAGCCCCAAAACGAAGAGAACAAGGCAUAUGCCGAAUUCCUCUUGGAUUAUCAAGCCGAAUCUGGUCCUCAAGCGCAUAUCGAUUCCAAAGUCGGUGCCGCGGUGCAAUCCCUGUGGGACGAUCCAGCAAAAGAUCUACUUAUGGAGCAUCAGACGGAGUUUUACCUCAUGGACUCGGCGGAAUAUAUGUUCGAUGUAGGUGGCCAGCGAAGCGAGAGGAAGAAGUGGAUUCAUUGCUUCGAGAACGUGACAUCAAUCAUUUUCUGUGUGGCAUUGAGUGAAUACGAUCAAGUUCUGCUCGAGGAAAGCAGCCAAAACCGAAUGAUGGAAAGUUUACUGCUUUUCGACUCGGUCGUCAAUUCACGGUGGUUUAUGCGUACGAGUAUCAUCUUGUUUCUCAACAAGGUUGAUAUCUUCAAGCAAAAGCUGAGUAGGUCUCCGCUGGGCAAUUACUUCCCAGACUACUCAGGUGGCAACGACGUCAACAAGGCAGCCAAGUAUCUACUCUGGCGAUUUAACCAAGUUAACCGGGCGCAUUUAAAUCUUUAUCCCCACUUGACACAAGCGACAGACACGUCGAACAUCCGACUCGUUUUUGCAGCAGUCAAAGAGACUAUCUUGAACAAUGCCCUUAAGGAUUCGGGCAUUCUCUGA